GGAGGCAGAACAGCUGAAGUUGCUGUGCGUGCUGGGAAACGAUGUGAUGAACGGGAUCUAUGAGGCGCGAUGUUCAGAGGAGGGGCGAGUCAAACCUAAAGCUGGCAGCUCGAGAGCGGAGAAGGAGGCGUGGAUCAAAGAGAAAUACGUGGAGAAGAGAUUUGUUCUGAACAAUCACGUGAAGGAAGGGGCAGGCCUGCGUCUGUAUCGGGCGGCGCUGGCAGGAGAUCUGGUUGCCAUGGCAGCAGCGUUGGCGCAGGGGGCGGAGGUGAACAGGAGCAUCUCCGAGGAGGAGGAGGAGGGGGGACGCACGGCGCUGAUAGGAGCCGCUGUCGGGGGGUCGCUGUCAGCCUGCGAGUUCCUGCUGCUGAACGGAGCAAACGUGAACCAUCGAGACCAGAGAGGACAGGGAGCUCUGCACGCUGCUGCCACCGCUGGACACACCGGACAGGUGUGUCUGCUGCUGAAGAGAGGAGCCAAUCAGUACGCUGUGGACGAGAGGGGACAGGACCCGUUGGCCAUCGCCGUGGAAACAGCCCACGCUGACAUCGUCACGCUACUGAGGAUGGCUCGCAUGAACGAAGAGAUGAGAGACUCAGAGGGAGUGUUUGGAGCAGCAGGAGACGACGAGACGUUUCAGGACAUCUUCCGGGACUUCAGCGACAUGGCGUCCCACGCUCCGGAGAGGCUCAGCAGACGCCAGUUCAGCCGUGGAGGAGAUGAGGAGGCGGGGGAGGAGGGAGGAGAUGAGGAGGCGGGGGAGGGAGGAGGAGAAAUGGUGAACAGCCAACACGGUGAUGAAAAGACGUCUGAAUGAGAGAAACUCUGACUUGAAGCCCGUCAGACUGGAGAACCACUCCUGAACCUCUGAAUCUUGGUUACCACGGUAACGGUGUGGAUGCACGGCUCACGUUUUAACUUUUAGAAAAGAUGACUGACACUUUGUUCUGAACGUAUAGAAUAUAUAUAUAAUAACGGUGUGGUAUAUAAGUCCACGUUUACUCACAGUCACAUGCUGCUGGACUAAAUGUUACCCGUGUUUUUAAAGGGGCGGAGCUAGAAGCAGAGCUGCAGCUGCUCCUUAUUUUAAUCUUUAAUUCAUCCGCAGGUUAUUUACUUUAGCACACUGCUGGUUUUUAACACAUAACGGAGGAGGAGAGAAAAGUAUCUGUCAGACGUUUGUUUUGUCCCACUGACGCUCCAGAACCAAAAGAUUCAGAACGGUUUGAAUUCUUCAACGGCCCCUUUUUGAAGUUUAUUUGGCGUCUAAAAGAUUUGUAGGUUGUUGUUUCUGUUGAUUCCUUCAGCAGGAGGGGGAACAGGCUGUAACGAGACUUAAAUGAGCUUUAAAAAAACACCACAAGUGUUAAAAACAAGCACUUUAAAGCUGGUUCUCUUUGUGCUCCUCUAACGUUUCAUCUCCAGGUCAACAUCUGAAAGCGUCUAACACUUUGUUUUAUGACCACCUGCAGAACUUAAGACAUUUCCAUCAGCCUCAGCUGUUAGCAUGCUAACACUGCUAGCGUUAUACCGUCUAAACAUUAGCCUGAAAGCCACACGCUUAUUAGCAUUAAGCUAACGUCGGCCCCACCAGGCUGGUGUCACAUGUCCGUGUCUUGUUACAUUUCUUUUUUUGUUUGUUUACAAAUUGUAUUUAUGUUAUUUGUUUGUUUUGACAGGGACAGUGUACAGCCUAUUAGCUGUACCAGAGUUAGCUAUAAGCUAAUUUACAUCUGUAGUCCCUGAGACAACGUCAGAAACAACGUUUAAUCUUUGCACUCAUCAGGUCUCUUAAUACAGAGCUGCGCUAGCUGUUACCUUGUACUUUCAGUCUUAAUGCUAAGCUAGGCUAACACAGGCCUGACUUCACGUUGUUGUUGUCAGUAACAGAACCAAACAUCAUUCCUUAAAUGUUGUUACAAAAUGUACAAAUGUUGAUGAUGAAGUUUGGGACGCUUACUGUGCUAACUGUUAGCAUGCUAACUGUUAGCAUGCUAACUGUUAGUCUUUCUUAAGUUAACAGGAAAAACUUGACUGAGAUAAAGGAUCUCUUUAACAUGAGUGUCCUGAGUGAAGACCGGCAGCAGCUCGUUUUAACACAGAUCAUCAUGUGAUCGCUCUCAGAGUCAAAGCAUCAACGACCUGAUGCAGCGUCCUGCAACACCUUUAAACUACUUUAAAAAGAUUUCACCUAGUCCAUACGUAGGCUGACGUAUUUUUAAAAACUGAGCUUUUCCUCCAUUGUUUUACAAUAUAAUACCGUCCACUAGGUCAGGAGGAAUUCGAGGGCGAUUUGAAUGUGUCUUAUAAAACGAUGAGUCACGAGAGACUUGAGAAUAGAAAUAAGACAAAAGCUCCUUUUGGACCGGGGGAACUUUCCUACAGAACUCAUUCAGACUGCAGGAACCAGAGUCUUAGUUUAGUUCUGGGGUAAAAGAUCUACCUCUAGGGGGGGGUAGUACUUCCUAAAGGUCCUGGACUUUGGCAGCCAGGGCAUGCAGCCCCUGCAAAGUGCUGGAUGUCUCUGAUUGGUCAGACAGAGCAGGGUGUUAGAUCCCUCUCUGUGUUUUUCCUCCUUUCUAUCGUUAAUCAAUGAAACCAUUUGAAAAGCAGUACGGACUGAUUUGAAUAAUGUUCUCGGGACUUCAGGCAGCGGUGGAAAUGACUCUGAGGACCAGGAACCUUUUAGAUCCUUGAAGAGAAGUCCCUGAACCUUUUAGUUCUAGGGACCUUUGGUGGAAAAGGGUUUUAGACUCUUAUUAAGAUCGGAGUGAUAAAAAACAGUGACUGAACUCAUCGUCUUUAAAUAUGAAUGAUAUUUAUAAAUAACUCAGGUCAGAGGUCAUUUCUCUCUUUUCAGUCGACACACGUCCUGAGUGUCGAUAACUUCAUGAGGUUAUCCUGUUUUUUUUGUUUUUUUACUAUUUCACACGUUACAGAAGGAAAGACGCUCGUUCUGCUGCAUCACUUGUAGAGACUAUAUUCUAAAUCUGUAUUUAAACACUUUAACUCAGAUUCUCAUUGGAUCAAAACGUUUUAUUAUAUUUCAUUUUUAGUGGUCAAUGUCAUUUUAAUCAGAGGCGUACAGGUUGAAGAGUCUCCUAGACCCAGAGAUCAGUGUGUGGAGUCCCCGCUCAUUUUUCUUAAACUCCAUGUUUCCUGUAUUUUCUCGUUUAUUU